AUGGAGGAGGAAGAGGUGCCGGCGGCCGAGGCCGAGCCCGGGGAUGGGGAUGCGGAGCCCGGGGCCGUGGCGCUGCCGGAGAGGGCGCCUGAGGCUGCUUUGGCCGACGCCAGCCCGGAAGAGGCCUCGCCGCCCGAGUGGGGAGCGGAGGAGGCGCCGGCGGCGGGCGAGGAGGCCUCCCCGGGGGCCGAGGGAGCUGGCGAGAGUCCUCCGCUAGGAGUGGCGGGCUCCGCUAGCGCAGAGCGGGCGGCGGCCGAGGAGGAGGGCCCGGGCGAGGCGUCGCUGUCGGAGGGGCUGCUGCCCACCAGCGCCAGCUUCGAGGAGGGCGAGCCAUCGGAGCCGCCGCCGCUGCAGGUGAGCGAGCAGCUGAGCCGCCGCCUGAGCGCGCACCUGCGGGAGCUGGAGGCGCUGAGCGCCCACGAGGGCUUGGAGCCCGGCGGCAGCCCGGACGAGCUGCUGCGGCGCGAGGAGAGCGAGGACGACCUGGAGGCGCGCCUGGCCGAGGAGCAGCGGCAGAGGGCCGAGCUGGUGGAGCAGUACCGGCAGCUGGGGGCCGAACGGACUCGCCUCCGCCACUACAGCACCAAGCUGCAAGGCAGGCUGGCCGAGGCGCUCAACAAGGCCAAGGGCAAAGAGCGCGCCCGGGCCGAGCUCGAGCAGCACAUCUCCGACAAGGAGCAGCGCUACAACCGCUACCUAGCCAUGCUGCAGGAGCUGCGGAGCCAGCAGCAGGAGGAGCUGGCCUGGUACCAGCAGCAGAUGGACGCCCUCCAGCAGACUUGCGAGGAGAAGCUGGCCAAGGUCAACAGGCAGUGGAAGACCUAUCAGGCUGCCAAGAAGGAGGUGGCCGUCUAUACCAUGGGGCGGCGCCUGGGGGGCAAGCAGGCAGCCAUCCGCCAGGUGGACCAGAUACAGUGUAGAGAGGAGAGCAAGGAAAAGGAGAUGACGGAGGUUCGUCUGGAAAAUAUAAAGUUGAAACACAGGAUUUCUAAGCUUGAUGCAAACUUAAAAGCUCAAGAGGAGUUGGCAGAAGGUCUGCAUUUAAUAGAUUUCGAACAGCUGAAGAUAGAGAACCAGACCUACAAUGAAAAGAUCGAAGAACGCAAUGAGGAACUUCUGAAACUCCGGAGAAAGAUUACCAACACAGUGCAAGUCCUGACUCAAGUAAAGGAAAAAUUGCAGUUUGUGGAAGCUGAGAAUUACGGCCAAAAGGCUCAGCUGAUGGCAGUGGAGGCUCUAGUAGCCCAAAGAAGAGAUAUCUUAACCAAGACAAAACAGGCAAGGGAUAGGUUGCGAAUGGAUAAUGAAAAGCUUCACCAGAAAUGUGGCUUGCUUGGAGAUAAAGUACUGUUGAGGGAUUUUGAGGAGAAAGUGAAUGCUGCGGAGGUCAUGAAGGAGAGGCUGGAAGUACUGAAACUUCAGCAUGCUGGACUUGCCCUUACUUGUGCGGGAGUUAAGAAGAAAAUCAGAGGAAUAAAAUCUUUUCUACCAAUCUAAACAACUUUGUUCAGUGUUAAAAAUGUUGUGUGAACAAAGGGUAUUAAAUAUUUACAGUAUUUUUAUUCUGCCA